ACAGGUUCUGGAACGCUCAGAGCCCGAGUAAAGCUGCGAUUGGCGGAGCGGCGCCUAUUUGUUACACUCGCAAUCAGCAUCCUAUUGCCCGCAGAGCGUUCCGGGCCCGCCCCGGGGAACACCUGCUGCUACUCCGAAGUUCCCCAGGCCCGUCCUUUGGGAUCUGCUGCCCGGGGACUUUAUCGCACUUUCCAGGCAACUCUGUGAACUCCUCGCCUGCCGUCGAGUUUCCCGGGGCGCCCGAGCCAGCCUUAAGGGACGAGAGCAUGAUGGACAACGGGGGAGGGAGCGAGCUUCUGCCCCGGCUGUGCUGCCCGGAGAAGGGGCCGAACGGCUACGGCUUCCACCUGCACGGGGAGAAAGGCAAAGUGGGCCAGUUCAUCCGGCUCGUGGAGCCCGAUUCCCCGGCCGAGAAGUCCGGGCUGCGGGCCGGGGACCGCCUGGUGGAGGUGAACGGCGACAACGUGGAGAAGGAGAGCCACCAGCAAGUGGUGAACCGCAUCCGAGGCUCGCCGGGCUCCGUGCGUCUGCUGGUGGUGGACUCCGCGACGGACGAGCGGCUGCAGAAGCUGGGCCUCGAGUGCACCGAAGACCUGGUCCGGGGGCUUCCCGACGAGAAGUUGGAAGAGGCGAGAAGCGGCGGCCAGGAGCCGCGGGAGGCUGCGCAGCGGGAGCCGGACGUGGCGGAGGAAGAUAAGAAGAAGAAAGCGGACGGGGAGGAGAAGAAGGAGGAGGAGGCGAACCACGCUGCCCAGCGGAAAGAGUUGCGGCCUCGCCUCUGCCGGAUGAAGAAGGGCCCCAAUGGGUAUGGAUUCAAUCUCCACAGCGACAAGGCUAAGCCGGGCCAGUAUGUACGAGCGGUGGAUCCAGAUUCGCCAGCCGAAGCCUCGGGACUCCUGCCUCAAGACCGCAUUAUAGAGGUGAACGGGGUGUGCAUGGAAGGCAAGCAACACUCGGACGUCGUUUCAGCCAUAAGAUCUCGUGGAGAUGAGACUGAGCUGCUAGUGGUGGAUAGCUUAGCGGACGAGUUUUUCAAGAAGUGCAAUGUCAUCCCUUCUGAAGCACAUCUGAAAGGUCCCUUGCCAGAAGCAGUUGCCAAUGGUGAUGUGGAGAAGGAGAUCAUCAGAGAUGACCAGCCUGAGCCUGUCUUGGAAAGUCCUUCAAGCCCUGAGCCUGUGUCUCCUUCUCCGAUUCUGAACGAACCUCACAAUGAGUCACCCUUGCAGCUCAACUCUCCAGAGAAGGGAGAGAAGCACAGCUCUGUAUCCGAUCCAGUUCUUGACUUGGACAUCCCACUGGCCGUGGCCAAGGAGCGAGCUCACCAAAAACGUACCAGCAAAAGGGCACCGCAGAUGGACUGGAGCAAGAAAAACGAACUCUUCAGCAACCUGUGAAGUAUCCCAUCCUGCAAGCCGGGAGGAGGUGGUGCAGGGGCAAGGGCCAGCCAACCUGGCCAGCUUUUUCUCCUCCUGCCCCUCCAUUUUCCCCCCUGGAGGAGGGGGUUAUUCCCCCACCCACUCCCCUCUUCCCCUCUCUUUGCCAGGGGAACGGGGGCAGGAUCUUACAAUGUCCUCUGUAAUCUGAAGAAAAACAAAAUGGCAUCAUGACUACUCCUGCACAAUUCUGGAGAAGCAAUUAAUAUUUUUUUU